ACUAAGCCAUCGUAUGUUGAUACUGAUUGUUCGAGUUAGUGGGAAAUAGACAAGGGAGUAUCAGAGACAUUGAGCGUAGUGCAGAGCCUAACAACUCUCUGUCACGACCGAGCGACCCGUGUCUGUGUGGCUCUGGAAUCGGACCUCCAGAAUGACCCAGCCUCGGCCGGACGAGUUCAAGCCGCCUCCGGAGUGCCCAGUCUUCGAACCUAGCUGGGAAGAAUUUGCGGAUCCUUUCGCAUUUAUCAAUAAGAUACGACCUAUCGCGGAAAAAACCGGUAUCUGCAAAAUCCGACCACCUCCGGACUGGCAGCCCCCAUUUGCAUGUGAUGUUGACAGACUUCAUUUCACUCCCCGGAUUCAGAGACUCAAUGAGUUGGAGGCGCAGACUCGGGUCCAGCUUAAUUUUCUGGACCAGAUUGCUAAAUUUUGGGAACUUCAGGGAUGCACACUCAAAAUUCCACAUGUAGAGCGAAAGAUACUAAAUCUGUACCAGCUCAACAAGCUGGUGUUGGAUGAAGGGGGUUUUGAUAUAGUCUGUAAGGAGCGCAGAUGGACAAAGAUCGCUAUGGCAAUGGGUUUUGCCCCUGGCAAGGCAGUGGGUUCGCACCUGCGGGCCCAUUACGAAAGAAUCCUCUACCCCUACAGUCUCUUCCAGUCUGGAGCCAACCUGCUGGCUCCAGACCUAGCAGCCAAAAUGAUGGCUUUUGGGAUAGGUCCUGAGCAGGAGAAGAAUCACACCCUCCCAGAAAAUGACGGCAAUGAAUACAAACCUCACGAUCUGGUUCAGAGGCAAAAUGCUCAGGUACAACCGAGUGACACAUGCACGCCUGCUAGGAGAGGCAAACGGAUGAAAGCUGAGUUUGGUUGUGUCAAGUCAGAAGUGGAUGCUGAAGGGGAGGUGUGUGCAAACAGGCCGAAUCUCAGGAGGAGGAUGGGCUCUCUUGUAGCCAAGCCUGAACCAGUGAAGGAAGUCCCCAUUCAAGUCAAACAGGAGCCUGUGGAGAGUAAAGAUGGCCAAACUGAGCCUGAGAAGACUAAGUCUCGCUACAAGAAAGCCGGCCCACCACCACCUGUCAGCAUAGUGGAUCUGUAUGCGUGUUUAGUAUGUGGGAGUGGAAAUGAUGAGGAUAGGCUGUUACUUUGCGAUGGAUGUGAUGACAGCUACCACACCUUCUGCUUGAUCCCACCCCUUCAUGAUGUCCCCAAGGGUGAUUGGAGGUGUCCCAAGUGUCUGGCACAGGAAUGCAGUAAGCCACAGGAGGCAUUUGGCUUUGAGCAGGCACGGAGAGACUACUCUCUCAAAGCAUUUGGGGAAAUGGCUGACUCUUUUAAGUCUGACUACUUCAACAUGCCUGUUCACAUGGUGCCCACUGAGUUGGUGGAGAAGGAGUUCUGGCGUUUGGUGACUACGAUUGAGGAGGACGUGACGGUGGAGUACGGAGCGGACAUAGCCUCAAAGGAGUUUGGCAGCGGCUUCCCCAUGAAGGGUGGCAGAUUCAAGGUUGCACCGCAUGAUGAGAAGUACCUGAACUGUGGUUGGAACCUGAAUAACAUGGCGAUGAUGGAUCCGUCCGUACUGACCCAUGUGACGGCUGACAUCUGUGGUAUGACCCUACCCUGGCUCUAUGUAGGCAUGUGCUUCUCUUCUUUCUGCUGGCACAUAGAGGACCACUGGAGCUACUCCAUCAAUUACCUGCACUGGGGAGAACCCAAGACGUGGUACGGGGCUCCUGGGUUUGCAGCUGAGCAUUUGGAGGCAGUGAUGAAGAAACUGGCUCCAGAGCUAUUUGAGAUGCAGCCAGAUCUCUUACACCAGCUUGUCACCAUCAUGAACCCCAACAUUCUUAUGGCCCAUGGAGUACCAAUUUACAGGACCAAUCAGUGUGCAGGAGAAUUUGUCAUCACGUUCCCAAGAGCAUACCACAGCGGUUUUAACCAGGGCUUCAACUUUGCAGAGGCCGUUAACUUCUGCACCGUGGACUGGAUGCCUCUGGGACGUCAGUGUGUGGAUCACUACCGUUUGCUGCAUCGUUAUUGUGUGUUUUCCCAUGAUGAAAUGAUUUGUAAUAUGGCCGCCAAAGCCAACAAGCUGGACGUGGUUCUGGCGUCAGCUGUGCACAAAGACAUGGUGCUGAUGAUCAAUGAGGAGCAGGAGCUCAGAGACAAAAUCCGCAAGCUGGGAGUGGUGCAGUGUGAGUUGUUCAAGUAUGACCUACUGCAGGAUGAUGAGAGGCAGUGUGUGAAGUGUCGCACAACCUGCUACUUGUCUGCCCUCACAUGUCCCUGUCGCCAGGGCGAGCAGGUGUGCCUGCACCACGUCCACCACCUCUGUUCCUGCUCCAUCUCCAACUUCACACUCAGGUACCGGUUCACGCUGGACGAUCUCUACCCCAUGAUGAACGCUGUGAAGCAGAGGGCCGAGGAGUAUGAUGGGUGGGCCUCACAUGUCGCAGAGAUCCUGGAGGCCAAACUGGACAAGAAACGUAACCUAUGUGUGUUCCGUUCUCUGAUUGAGGAGUCAGAUGUGAAGGGUUUUCCUGAUAAUGACCUGUUACGGCACCUGCGAAUGGUCACUCAGGAUGCAGACAGAUGUUCGUCUGUAGCCCAGCAGCUGCUGAAUGGCAAGAGACAGACAAGGUACCGUACUGCUGGUGGAAAGUCUCACAACCAGCUGAGUGUAGAGGAAAUGAGGUCCUUUGUCCGUCAACUUUACAACCUCCCCUGCAGCCUAACACAGGCACCGCUACUGAAGGAGCUGUUGAACUGUAUUGAGGAUUUCCAGCAGCACAGCGAAAAGGUCCUCUCCGACGACAUAACUGCCGAUUCCGUGACAGAGAUCCAGUCUCUGCUGGAUGAGAGCUCCGACUUUGACGUGUGCCUCCCGGAGGUUCGGCAGUUGCGUGAGCGCCUGGAGCUGGCCCGCUGGCUGGCGGCGGUGCGGGAGGCCGAGGAUGCUGUGGCCAGUCCCCGGGGCCUCUCCCUGGACAGCAUGCGGCGGCUCAUAGACCGCGGUGUGGGCCUCACGCCCCACCCGUCCACAGAGCGCGCCAUGGCUCGCCUUCAGGAGCUGCUCACCGUGUCUGAGCAGUGGGAGGAGAACGCGCAGACACUGCUCAGGGCCAGACCUCCAAAGUGCAUGGCAUCUUUGUCUGCCGCUCUGCGAGAGGUCGAGGCUUUGCCCACAUACCUUCCCAACUGCCUGCUGUUGCGAGACUCUGUUGGCAGGGCCACCGAGUGGCUGAAGGAAGCCGAGGUGCUGCAGGUGGGUGGGCGCGUGCCUGUGUUGGACAUGCUGUCGGACAUGGUCCUGAGGGGCCAGGCAAUUCCCGUGAAGCUGGACCCGCUGGAGCGACUCGAGGCGCUGGUCUCUGAAGUGCAGGCCUGGAGGGAGUCUGCAGCCAAAACCUUCCUCAUGAAGAGCUCCUCCUUCACCUUGCUGGAGGUGUUGUGUCCACGGUUUGAGGUAGGGAGUUCUCUGAAGAAAAAGAUGAAGAAGACAAAGUGCGAUGCUGGCUCCUGUGGGAGGAAGAGAACGGGCCGACUAGAUAGUCUGAGUGAUGUAGAAAAAGCCCUUUCAGAGAGCAAUGACUCUGCCUCUGCUAUGGCAACUCUUGCCGAAGUGCGAUUGAAGGAGCUGGAGUCCCUAGCAUCCAUCCGUGCAGCAAAUGAGUCGAAGCUCCUUCCCUCUAACGACAGCAGUACCCUCAGGGUGUGUGUGUGUCAGAAGGCUCCCAUGGGUGCCUUGCGGCAGUGUGAACUGUGUCGGGACGCAUUCCACAGUGCGUGUGUGUGCGGGCCCGACGACCCUGCUGACCCCAAGCCGUGGCUGUGUCCUGCUUGCCGGCGCUCAUCCAAACCAGCUCUCGACAAGGUCCUGCCGCUGCUGGCCUCCCUGCAGAGGAUCCGUGUGCGGUUGCCCGAGGGCGACGCACUACGAUACAUGAUAGAACGCACGGUGAACUGGCAGCGGCAAGCCCGCAAGAUCAUGACCACCUACAACCUCUCGGCAACCUCUCAGGAGCACAGGUCCGAGUCUGCUUCCCAGAGGAGUUGCGGAGCAGACAGCAGUGUCAAGUCUCAGGAUUGGAACAGGUGCAGUCAGGAACAGACUGUGUUCUACACAGAGCAGCCCUGCAUCUCCCUGCAGGGUCUGAGUGCAGAGUUGGAAGAAUUGAUGGUGGAGGGCCUGUUGCUGCAGGUCUCAUUGCCAGAGGUGGAGCAGCUGUACACACUGCUGCUGAAGGGCCCCCCUGCUGAGCACAGCUCUCAGCUCACACACUCCGCACACCAUAGCCCACAACAUGCAUCCUAUAACUCUCAGGAAAACACCGCACCUCACAGGGAGAGAGGUGCUGUUACCUCGGUGGAGAAGAGGACAAAGAGGCGGAUGGAGCAAGAGGAGGCGGGGGUGGAGGUGAUGGAGCAAGGGAUCUCGAAAAGGAAGAGGCAGCGCAUGAGCAAAGUGAAGAGGAGAGAGAGGAAAGCGGCAUCCGUCUCUGCUUCCCCCACACACCUGUCCGACCUGUCCCCGUCCGACGACUCGGAGGAGGACAUGAUCCUCUGCCCUGCUGCAAGCUGCCUACAGCCAGCAGGAGAUGAGGUGUUCUGGGUGCAGUGUGACUGCUGUAACCAGUGGUUCCAUAUGGUUUGUGUGGGCGUUUCUGCACAAAUGGCAGCAGAGGAGGACUACAUGUGUGUCACCUGCAGCAUGCGUAAUGCAGGCCAGUGCCGGUAAUGCGAGAGGGAACAUAAGAGAGGAGGAACUGGGAAAUGUGGAGGACUGGAAGGACAACACAGUCCACUGCCCCUCUUCCUCAGUCCUUCCCUUUGUACUGCCCAUUCCCGGUUGUAUUACUGACCGUUCCCAAAUCCAUUUGACCUGUGACCUCUGAUCUUUGUAACAACGGUGCUAUUUCAUCUUUUUUUGUUUCUUUUUCUGGGAUUUGUUCUGAAUAAUGCUAUUUGGUCACUUUUUGUAUUUUUACAUUUUUCUCCUUCUAUUUGAACUGUGUGUGGUUGUCUAAAAAAACAAAAUGAAACAUAAUUAUGCUGAAUGAAGAGUUGCAAAGUAGAGUGGGUGGGGCAUAUAGCACAGGGUUCUGUUCAUGUGCUGCUCCAUUGCAUUGUGGUGAUAUAAUUUGUUCAAAGCACAUUAUGAAAAACAGAAUGGUUUCUUCUUUUUCCUGGGAUUUCUGCAUGCUGAUCCAGAAACUCAACAAUGCAGGACAGAAACUGAAUCUUUUUUUAUACACCAAAUAUCUACAAUAAAUAAUUAACAAAUAAAGGUAAUUUUUGUAAACCCACUGUUUAGUACUCAUGCAUCUGGGAUAAUACAAUUUUCCUCCGUUGUUUCUGAUUUGCUUUCUAGAUUAUUUAUCUGAGCAAUAAUAAUGCCAGUAAACAUGGAAACUUGAGCACGUGUAUGAACUGUCUGCUAGUGCUUUAGAGAUGAUGGUUCACUGUACAAGAUGCCUAAAGUGUGGAUUGGUGCUGUAUGGUUUGGUAACUAGCAAUGUAGCAGCCAGAGAGAGAGAGAGAGAGAGAGGGAGAUUCGUGUACAAACUAAACUGCCAGAGAACCUGCCUGGUCUAUUUUGUGGGGUGGAAGGGUACAGGAGUUGGGUCAAGCUUGUUUAAAAUGUCCCAGUUUAUAGUGUGGAAUAAAAACCCUUUUGUCUAAUAUCUCA